CCGCUGGUACGGAUAGAGCAAUGCAAACACCACACCACUACCUUAUGAGAAGUUGACAUUUGAAACCUGUUAGUGAAAGUUGUGAUAGAGAGAUGUCUACAUGAAGUAAAUAUGUAAAUGCCGGUUGAACCUAAAAUUUUCGGUUUAUUACUGUUCUGUUAAGGUAUCAUUUUGUGACCUUAUGAAUAUUCUGAAUGCUAAAAAAUGGGAACGAUGCAAGAAUCCUUAUUUGCAAAGUACAUGCGCAUUGUAGCUGUUGUUUCCAGCUACUGGUUUGUCUCGAUAUCAUUAGUAUUCAUUAAUAAGCACCUUUUGAGUAGUGAUAGUUUUAAGAUUGAUGCUCCAUUGUUCAUUACUUGUUUCCAGUGUGCAGUGACUGUGUUUUUAUGUUUAAUUUUAAGGGUUCUGACAUCAGUUCUGCCAUCUAUAUUCACAUUCCCUGACAUCCAUCUUAAUACUAAUAUACUACGAUCUGUUCUUCCUUUAUCCAUAAUUUUUGUUGCCAUGAUAACUUUCAACAAUUUGUGCCUUAAAUUUGUGGGUGUCCCAUUUUAUUAUAUUGGAAGAUCACUAACCACUGUGUUUAAUGUUAUACUCACAUUCACUGUCUUGCAUUUAAGAGUGUCACUUAAAGCUCUUGCCUGUUGCAUUGUUAUUAUUUUUGGUUUUAUACUUGGUGUUAAUGAAGAAGGUGUUUCAGGUUCCUUAUCUGUUAAAGGUGUAAUUUACGGUGUUCUAGCAAGUUUUUUUGUUUCACUAUAUUCCAUUUAUAUGAAGAAAAUUCUUCCAGUUGUAGAAGGAAGUAUAUGGAGAUUGACUUAUUACAACAACAUUAAUGCAAUUGCAUUAUUUCUACCUUUGAUGUUACUAUUUGGUGAGGUGAAGACUGUAUUUGAUUUUAAGCUACUUGGUGAUAUCAAUUUUUGGACAUUAAUGAUUAUUGGAGGAACGUUUGGUUUUGCGAUUGGAUACGUAACUGGUCUUCAAAUUAAAGUGACGUCACCUCUUACUCAUAAUAUCAGUGGAACAGCUAAAGCAUGUGCUCAAACUGUUGCUGCUGUUGCAUGGUUUCAGGAAGAGAAAUCUAUGUUAUGGUGGAUAAGCAAUACUGUUGUAUUAUUAGGUUCUGCUGCAUAUACAAGAGUUCGGCAAUUAGAAAUGAUAGCAGAGUAUCACAGGAUAAAAUCUCUGAAAGAUUUAGAUAAGAAUAUUAGUGAAAAAUCCCCAGUUUAAUAAUAAAUGAAAAUUAGUAUUUAUACAUUUUUGCAAGCAUGUAUUUAUAAAAAAAAAAUUGAAAAAUUACAAAUAACACCUUGUGAAA